AUGUUCGAGGUCGACAGAUCAAGGGCCAAGUUCCCUCAAUUCCAGUCUGGAAGCUUCAUGGACAACUUGAAGCUCGGAUUCUACGAUUACGCUUCUCUGUUCACCAACAAGUCCCUCCGCAAGAGAGUCUUCGUCGCCAUCUUCACCAUGGUCUUCCAGCANAUGUCAGUCCCCAUCGUACUUCAUUGA